AUGCCACGAGAGUUCCAUAUAGACGAGAAUCUCUCGGAUAAACGGUUGAAUAAUCAAUCAACCUCGUUGGUAAUACCACAUAUCACCCGAAAUAGAAUUCAUAAUUCCAUGUAUUACAAGGUGAACUUAGAUCCAGCUGCGCUGAGGGGAAACAGUAUGAUUCAAUUGACGAGAGCAAUGGUGCGAGAGCUGGGAAGCUGUCGCAAGAGCUCGGCGAAAAUGGCUAUUGUUUGCGGAGGGGUUGAGUUUAAAUGCUUGCUUAUGAAGUUGAUCCACAUCAGACCCACUUGGGAUCAACUGCUCGUGAUUCUGCAAAAAGGCAAUGAGCUGUCCUCGAGAUUCGACAACAAAUAUCUGGUGGUGCUGAUUCUCGUUUAUUUAAGAAUCCAGUAUUAUUUCCUAACGAAGGGUCACGAAAGGCGUCAAAUCGAGAGUAUUCGGGCAUUUGAGAAGCAUGGGCCCAUAAUACCGGAGAACCUGGAGGCUCUACUAAGGAUUUAUAUGAAUGAUUAUCGCAAAGUAAAAAGUAUGUCUUUAGAAUCGGAUUGUUGGGGUCAGAGUGGGCAACGAAAAGUGGAGGUGUUACACAUCGACGAGGUUGUGGACUGGCUGUGCACCCACAACCAAAUAUGGGGGAUCCCUCUCGGUAAAUGCCAGUGGAGCAACAUAUUUGAGGAGAGCGAGAGUGAGAGUGAAAGUGAAAGUGAGAGCGAGACCGAUAGUAGCGCUGGCGAAAGCGGUGACGAAAACGGAAGAAACGUCAGCCACAUCGAAAGUGACAGCUAG